AUGCCAGGGUUCGAGGAGCUUGACGAUGGGCGAGUCAAAUGCAUAUUGUGCACGGCGUAUUCCUUGCAACCUGUGGAGCUAUUUCGCAAAUCGAUCAGCAAGCAUUGCAAGACUGAGCGGCACCUGAAAGCAGAGAAAGAUCGCCAAAAUCCGGGAGACUCCACGUGUAAGACGGCAUCAGGCUCAUCGUCGCAAUUGUCUCUUGAUCCCGAGGCUCUCUUUGCCACUCCAAUCACCAUUCCUUUUGUCAAUCUGUUUGCAGCUCCAGGUGAUGAAAAGGACAUCCCGGAUACGCAGACGGAGUCGGUGUCAGAGAAUAUAUUCACCGAUUGGGACAUCGAGGAUGGGCAGUUCACAACGCCUUGUGGCGAUUCAAUAAUGUUUACGACUGGCCAUGAACAACAAGCAGAGAACUCACAUCAAUCCAUUUGGGCAACGAUUGCAGGCCUUCGUUAUCUUUCCGAGCACACCGCCUUCUCAGGUAUCCUGGAUGCGAUCAGUGAAGUUCCCGACGAAGAUACCAGUAUUCCAGAUGCUACCGCAGCCAUUGAUGCAUUGGAGCACGAUGAAGAUGAUCAGUCGACAGCUGAUGCUGCAGAAGAUGUUGAGGAAUUGGAGGAAACUAAUGGCGACUGGGCUCCGUAUGGAUCCAAAACAGUAAAGGUGACUCACAAAGAGGUGUCCAUGUAG